AUGAAAGAGCUUAAUAUGCAGUUACAUCGAUCUUACACAGAUAAUCAAUUGAGUCCCACCAUCGAUGGAAGGAGUUUGCAGUUGCCACCAAGUGAGAGAACAGAUGAACCUGAAUCGCUUGAAUAUAGCAUUCUAGAUGUGCUCAAAACAGCAUCAGAUCCAUCAAAAGUCGUUUUGGAUUUUAUACAGAAACCGAUUGUUCCACCAUGUAUGAAGGGAGAUAAUGCUAUAAGCCACAUUUUUGUUCUAGAACAACUGAUGCAUAUCUCGCCACAUGUUAAACCUCAUUUAAGAGAAGAAGCAAUGAGGCUAGCACAUGAUCUGAAAGCUAACAUUAGAGAAAUUUCUGAGAACUCUUUGGUGGCUCUGUGUUUUCUACAACUCCUUUCAAUUUUUGGAUUACUUUCUUCUUUUGCUGAAGAUGAAGUUUUAGAGAUUUUUGAAUUUGCUGCUCAUCACAAGCAAACUGUCGACCUGUUUCGGACCCUGGGUUUCGCAGACAAAGUCUCUGAUUUUGUUCAGGGCCUUAUUAAGAAGGAGAAGUAUUUUGGAGCUGUUAGAUUCAUUUGUGCAUUUAAGUUGGAAGAAAAGAAUCAACCUGUUGAUCUCUUGCGGAAGUACGCGCAGAAUGCAAAACUGAUGACUGAGCGCAUUUGCAAGAACGCCAAGUCUCUUGAAAUCAAGGAUAAUGCCAGAGAUCAAGAAAUUGCUAGCCUGAAAAGUGUUCAACAAUGCAUUUCAGACAAUAGUCUAGAAUCUGAGGAUCUAAGUAAUGAGAUUCAACAUCGCAUUAAUGAGCUAAAUUGGAACAAAGGCACUGGUGUUUAUAACCUAAGGAAAAGAAAAGCUUCUAAUGGACACUAG